GCGAGCCGUCAAGGGAUUUGUCUCUAUCACCAGCGCACGGCCGAGAAUACUUCCUCUUCCUCCUUCCCACGAUGGCCGCCACCGCCAUGGCCGCCGCCGCCGCCGCCUCGCGGGCCUUCCUGCGCCCGCACCGUUGCCUCCUCCUCCCACACACCCAUCCGCUUCGCCGCCGUCUCUCCACCAACGCUACUGCUUCCGCUCCCGCCGCCACCGCCGCGUCGCCCGGCGUCGUGGACGUGCUCAUGAAGCGAGGACUCGUCGAGGCCAUCACCUCGGAGGCGCUCGCCGCAGCGCGUCCAGGGGAGCUCAAGGUUUACUGCGGCUUCGACCCUACCGCCGAGAGCCUGCAUCUCGGUAACCUCCUCGGCCUGGUCGCGCUCUCCUGGUUCCGCCGAUGCGGCCACACCGCCGUCGCGCUCAUCGGUGGCGCCACUGGCCGCGUUGGCGAUCCCUCGGGAAAGAGUUCCGAGCGCCCGGAGCUCGGCAUAGCUGCCGUCGAGGGCAACUCCGACGCCAUUAAGUCCCUCGUCGCCCAGAUUCUCGGCCGCGUCCCGGAGCCUGCCCACCGUUCCCACUCCGGUCAAAAAGAGUUGUCUUUGGACAAUUCAGCGAAUUCGUCACAGACAAUGGGUUCUUUUUUGAUCCUCGACAACUACGACUGGUGGAAGGACAUCACGCUGCUGGAUUUCCUGAGAGAGGUGGGCCGUUUUGCACGCGUGGGUACAAUGAUCGCCAAGGAGAGCGUCAAGAAGCGUCUUGCGUCGGAAGACGGGAUGAGCUACACCGAGUUUACCUACCAGCUGCUGCAGGGCUACGACUUCCUUUACAUGUUCAAGAAUAUGGGUGUCAAUGUGCAGAUCGGGGGCAGCGAUCAGUGGGGGAACAUCACAGCGGGAACUGAGUUGAUCAGAAAAAUCUUGCAGGUUGAAGGGGCGCAUGGACUCACAUUCCCACUUCUGCUGAAGAGCGACGGUACCAAAUUUGGAAAGACGGAGGAUGGGGCAAUCUGGCUCUCUUCGAAGAUGCUUUCUCCUUACAAGUUCUAUCAGUACUUCUUUGCGGUGCCAGACAUCGAUGUCAUCAGGUUUAUGAAGAUCCUGACGUUCCUGAGCUUGGAUGAGAUUCUGGAGCUAGAAGACUCGAUGAAGAAGCCUGGCUAUGUGCCAAACACUGUUCAGAAGAGGCUUGCAGAAGAGGUGACGCGAUUUGUUCAUGGCGAGGAGGGAUUGGAGGAGGCAUUGAAGGCAACCGAGGCCUUGAGACCUGGUGCUCAGACACAAUUGGAUGCACAAACAAUUGAGGGGAUAGCAGAUGAUGUGCCUUCAUGCUCUUUAGCUUAUGAUCAAGUGUUCAAGUCUCCACUUAUUGAUUUGGCUGUUUCCACAGGUUUGCUCACUAGUAAGUCAGCAGUUAAGCGGCUUAUUAAGCAAGGUGGUCUGUACUUGAAUAACGUGAGGAUUGAUAGUGAGGAUAAGCUGGUUGAGGAAGGUGAUAUAGUUGAUGGGAAGGUGCUCUUGUUGUCUGCUGGAAAGAAGAACAAGAUGGUUGUGAGGAUAUCUUGACUACUCUUAUUUGUUCUUUAUAACUUAUUUUAGCCAUUGAGGAGAAAAGUAACGGUGUUGUGUCUUCAAAACUCAAAUGAGCUGUCUAUGAGCAUACAGAUUGUUAUAUUGGAGAGGUUGAACACACCUUUUUUUUUGCUCUAUUAAUUUUGUUCAUGAGAACUUUUUGUGUGCUAUCUAUUGGCUUUGAGAAUGACAGCUGUUUUCUCAUAUCAUGUUAUAGUAUCAAUCCUUUAGGGCUAGUUUGGAAGCAAGGGAAGGCAAACCCAGGGAGGAAAAACCUCUCAUGUAUAAUUAAAUAUCUUAAGGCUAGUUUGGGAACCCUAUUUUUCUAAGGGAUUUUAUAUUUUUACAGGAGAAAAUGAACUAAUUUCCCUUGAAAAAAUGGAAAUCCCUUGGAAAAAUGGGGUUCCCAAACUAGCCCUUAUUCAAAUAUUAUCUACAGGGAUUUCUCACCCUGGGAAAAGAGGGGGGUCCCAAAGGGAUUUGGGUUUCGAAACUAGCCCUUAGAGGAUCUUUUACCGCCAUCAAUAUCAUAUCAGGUGCUGUUUGGUUGGGAGUCAGAGGGAACGGGGUCAUCCUCUCAUCCCCCCAUAGUGGAAUAUCCCUAAGAUAUGGAGUGAGCCUAUCCCUUUGAUUCGAGCGGACUGACUCAUUCGCCUUCUUCUCGUGCGUGCAUGCAGGUGUGGAGGAUGAGCAAGAGUGCAUGCUCCAAGCACAGAUGUUCAAACGAGCUUUGGGUUCAGCAUAGACACGCAUAGGCAAUGUGAGCUCCAGCUUUGGCACUGGCACGCACAAGCGUGAGAUGACCUCCGGUUACAAUGAGUGGCCCAGUGUCAAGGGAACAAGGUGCAAGUUGAGACGCAGGCGGGCGAGCUCCAUCUGCUUGAACUGUGAGUGGGUUGGUGAGCUCUGGCUGAGCUGCUGUGUCGGUGGGGAGCGGCGCUAGUGAGGGGCGACGGUGAGGAGGAACGAAGAGGAGGGUGUGUGCCUGUGAGUGCAAAGGAAGAGGAGGGUGGGCGUCAGCAAGGGUCAUAGGGCGAGCUCCGGUGAGUGAGAAGAAGCGGUGUGUGGCUUCAACAAGCUCUUGGUGCAAGGAAGAAGAAAAGAGGAGGCUGACAUGUGGACCUCACAUGCUAGAUGCAUUGUCCCACCUUUUGAUGUACCUGAACCAAAUACGGAACAAGGAUGGGCCUAUAGGUGUACAUUUGUGCUGUGCCUAAUAGGCCGGCCCAAAGCACACAAUUUCUGGCACGGCCCAUAUCUGGCACGGCCCAACCUAAUUGUGGGCCUGGGCCGGCACGGCCCAUAUUGUGGGCCGUGCCGGGGCCUCAAUUCAAGCCCACGGGCCGGCCUGGCACGACCCAUUUAACUAAGGCCUACCGAGGCCCACUAAAUAUAGACUCAGUAUUUAACUAAGAUCCGUCAAAGCCCACAUGACUAGCAUAACUUGGAAAAUCUAGAGCUUCAAUAAGCCAUCGAGAACCAAUACCUAGAUAUGGAUAGUGAAUAGUGAUGAUGAUCAUUGUAUAUGUAUUCUGUAUGGAUGUAUAGUACUCAAUUAAACACUAAACAGAGAACUGAAUAUUAUUUGUGAGCUAGUUGUACUAUUUUUUUUCUUUCUGACCAAAGGUUUAUAAUGUGCAUCCACAAAACAUCUUAGUUUUAUUUUGGUCAUAUAUAUUUUAUACUUUUUGUUGAUAUAUUACUGUUGUAUGUAUAUGAGCCGGUCUGGCACAUUAAGGUAUUUUGGGCUAUUUGGGCCGGCCUGGCACACAUAACUAAUUGUGGGCCGUGCCGUGGGCCGAUGACUGGGCACACGUGCUGGCACGGCACGGCCCAUAAUUAGAUAUGUGCUUUUGUGGGCCGUGCCUUUGUGGGCCGUGCUUUUGUGGGCCUGUGCCGUGCCGGGCCAGGCCGGCCCACAUGUACAUGUAUAGAUGGGCCCAUCUCCCUAACGCAGACAUGAAACUGGAUCAUCCCAUCUUAAAAAUCAGGGUCAAAACUAUCCCAUCCCACUAUGUCCCAGAUCAAACAUAUGGUUAAUCAGUUUUGGGAAGAGGCUAAUGGUUGGUUUGUUAUUGGUGCACAGAAGAUUGCUUACUGCUUCGGUGCUUGCUGAUUGACAUAAUUUAUAAUUUAUUUAUACAGGUGAUUGUUAAGUGCUUUGACAUGUCAUGACACUAAUUUCCUAUUGCAAGUACAAAGUAUGCAUAUCGUCAAAACAUUGAUCAUGAAUAAAUGCAAAACAUUUUGCUUAGGUUUUGAUUUAAUACUGGUUCAUGUCAAAGUGUGGUGAAACUUAUCUCGUGUUAGUAUACUAUAGUGGCGUUGUUCAAUUUUUUAAUUUCAAAUCGGGUAAACCAUACAUGUACUGUUGACAUGCUAAAUUGCUAAUGUUCAUAUAUAAGGAGUUCAGGUGGCAUUUCUUUUUUGAUCUCAUAACUCAGUGGAAAGUUGCAUGCCAGUAUCACAUUUCAGAACUUCACUGAUCAUCAGUGUUUGACCAUAUAAAGUUGUCACUUUAUUCUCUUUCCUUAUGUUAUCAAUAAAUUAUAUAAAUGAUUGAUCAGAUUAUGUUCAGUUUUUGAACCACAAUGAUGUUGAGUUUUUUUAGUACUCCCUCCGUCCCAAAAUAGUAGGGGGCAAUUCCUUGUGUGCCAUAGGAAAUUAUACUCGUUCCUUGUGUGCCACUGGCCCCAUAUAUCAUACACACACAAAAAAUUCCAUAUAUGUCACUCAAUAGCACACAAGGAAUGAGUAUAAAAUUCAAUGGUACAUAGGGAAACUUUCCAAAUAGUAGUUGUUUUAGCUCUUAAUUUUUAUGUCUAUAUUCAAAUGGAAUCUAGACAUAUACCAAACAUAUACAUUAAGUGUUGCAUGAACCCACUAAUUUGCUAAAACGAAUUUUAUUUUGAGACAGAGGGAGUAUUACUAAAUGUACAUAUAGUUCCAUGUUUGCAUUUGGUUUAGUGGCAUCUUUUUUUCUGCCAGGUUAUUUGACAUAAUAAUCUUUUUAUAUGCUGGGUUCGAUGUGUACAUGAACCACAAAUUAGUAGUUUAGUACAGUGAACCCCCUCUUAUCAUUCCAUUGCAUAUAUAACAUGUGUAUGUAUCGGUGAAUGGUAGUCACCCUUUGUCUGUGCUUGAGUACAGGUGCAGAAACUGGAUGAGAUGGGCUAAACCUUUCCCUGAAUCUAGCUAACCUGCUGCGGUUGCCUUGUAACCUUGCUUUGCUGAUUUUUAUUUUUACUUUGACAUUUCUUUUGCAAUUUCUGCUCAUUCAAGGAUGUUGUGUCUCUUUUGCAGGUUGUCAAGUAUUCUUGGUGGCUAUGUAUUGCAACAAUAAUUUAAAUUGAUCAUUCUGUGCUGGGCGGGGUUGACAGAGAGUUAGAUGACGCUGACGUUGUCGUGGUAGACAAGUGUGCUACUGGUGAGGGGACUGUGAAGCUCCUGGAGGAGCUGAGUUGGUGCAUCCAGCUUGCCUUAGCCACCCCAUUGUCGACAACUAGGUACUCACCCUCAGCACACUGGAGCGUGAGACCACAUGCUGACACUCACUUGGAGGACUAAGAGAUGAGGUUGGCCACAAGAAACACUGCAUAGCCAGAGGUAGACCGAUGGGUGUCCGAGUGCUCAUGUCUAGAGGAGUGCUCGCAUACGGUCGUUUUGGUAGAGCGGGAGUAUUUCAACUAUGGUAAAUUUUAAUAUUUCAAUAUGGAGACUCCAA